GGUAUAUAAAACGACCAAUCAAAUUCCUGCAAAUGGACAAUGAUUAAGGCACUGCAAUCUCACAUGAAAAACCAUAUAAUAAGAGAAGCAACAUGAUUUCGUUCAACUAUGUCUACCUUAAACAUGUCUUUCAAGUUGCAAUUACAAGACGCCAAAAAAAUAGGUCACAAUACAAAUGGACAAUGAUUAAGACACUGCAAUCUCAUAUGAAUAACCACAUAUUAAGAGAAGGAAAAUAGUAUACGUCCUAAAUUUUCUACCAAACAAAUGACCAAAUGUCUCACUUGGGUGUGGAGAUUUGAUCAUUUAUUUGAUAAAAAAUAGUAUCUCUAGCAUUAUCCUUAAAAGGGAAUAAAAUUGAUUUGGUUCAACUGCGUCUACCUUGAACAUGUCUUUCAAGUUGCAACUAAAAGAGGCAAAAAAAUAAAUAAAUAAGAGAAAUCCAUAGGGUCACAACACAAAUGGACAAUAACUAAGAGAUAACACUGCAAUUUCAUAUGAUGAAAUCUUGAUUUCGUUCAACUACGUCUACCUUAAACAUGUCUUUCAAGCUACAAUUAAAAGAUGCAAAGAAAAAGAAGAAGAAAAAAAAAGAACAAGAAAAAGAAGGAAAAAAAAAAUUUGACAUAGGUCACAACACAAAUGGACAAUAAGAUACUGCAAUUUCAUAUGAAGAACCCAUAUAUUAGGAGGAAAAACUUGAUUUGUUCAACUCCUUUUACAUAAGUCAUGACCUUUGGGUUCCAGUUAAAACACAAAACAGAUUUUCAUAGUUCACAACACAAAUGGACAAUAACUAAGAGAUGACACUGCAAUCUCAUAAGAAUAACCAUAUUAGAAGAAGAAACUUGAUUAUGAUCAACACCUUCUACGUUAAACUAUUUCUUUCAAAUUUGUAACAGGUAAUUAGAAGACACAAAAUAUAGAUUUAAAUAGGUCAGUCACAACCCAAAUGGACAAUAAACUAAGAGAUGUAAUCACCAUAGGAGAAGACAUUUGAUUUUGUUUAAGUUAAAACCAUGUCAUUCAGAUUUGUCACAAAUGAAUUUGGAACUAAGUGCCGGCCAGGCCAUGCUUCAUAGCAUGAGUUCAAAAAAGCAGUCACCACAUAUUGGCCAAAAAAAAACACUCAUAAUGACAAUAAUAGACCACUAUAAAAAUCAUGCCUCUUCAGGCAUGAUUGGCCACAAACACAACAAAGAUCAUCCUUAAUAUCUCCUCUAGGCCUAGCUUAGAAUGGCAUUCAAGAAAAUAAUCCUCCCUUUGGUUAUGCUACUAUUGGUGAUGGGAUCUAAUGCGGGUGGGAUCGCUAUAUACUGGGGUCAAAAUGGAAACGAAGGCACCUUGGCGGAGACUUGUGCCACAGGUAACUAUGAAUUUGUGAUUCUAGCUUUUCUUGCAACGUUCGGCAAUGGUCGGACUCCCAUGAUUAACCUUGCCGGUCACUGCGAUCCCUACAGCAAGGGAUGCACAGGUGUAAGCUUGGACAUUAAAUCAUGUCAAUCAAAGGGAAUCAAGGUGAUUCUUUCGAUUGGAGGAGGGGCAGGAAGUUAUUCCCUUGCUUCGUCUGAGGAUGCUAGGCAAGUUGCGACUUACCUCUGGAACAACUUCUUAGGGGGACAGUCCUCGACCCGCCCGCUUGGUGCGGCCGUUCUAGACGGAAUCGACUUUGAUAUUGAAGGAGGAACAAGCCAACACUGGGAUGAGCUUGCCAGGUACCUUGCUGGAUACAGCAAACAAGGUAAGAAGGUUUACUUAACCGCCGCUCCCCAGUGCCCAUUCCCGGAUGCUUGGGUCGGAGGUGCACUUAAGACCGGGCUUUUUGAUUACGUUUGGGUUCAAUUCUACAACAACCCUCCUUGCCAAUACACCUCCGGGAGUAUUGGCAAUCUUGAAGAUGCAUGGAAGCAAUGGACCUCGGCAAUUCCCGCUACGAAGAUUCUAUUAGGACUGCCUGCUGCUCCGGAUGCAGCUGGAAGUGGCUUCAUUCCCGUCACUGAUCUCACUUCUAAAGUCCUUCCGGCUAUUAAGGGUUCUGCUAAGUAUGGGGGUGUGAUGCUGUGGUCCAAGUACUAUGAUGAUCAGACCGGUUACAGUUCUUCCAUUAAAAGCCAUGUCUAAAGAUGUUCUGUACCACUAUGUGAAUGGUCUUUAUAGCUUUCAUAUGUAUCCUCCUUAUAUACAUUACAUGUUGCAGCCAAUAUAAAGUGAUUAUUGAUACUUUUGUCUUCCUCUUCUUUUUCCUUUAUACCUCCUUUAUAUUACUAAAACACACACACACACACACACACACACAUAUAUAUAUAUAGAGAGAGAGAGAGAGAGCUUUUUAAAUAUACAAGUAAAGAGUAUUUCGAAAGUUGGUGUGACAAGAACUUUUAAUGAAGAAACCUCUGUGCUCUGGAAAAUCAAAACUAAUACAUGGCAAUACCCGUCAAAGGGUAAUGACACAUAGGAGUUUGCUAUUCUGUGAUCAUAACAUAACAUGCUAGUGGUUGUGGUCCUUACCUGAAAAACAUUUCUCGAAUCUAAAUUGGGGUUAGCUGAUAGACACAAUCACAUUCGAAUAUGCACUCUAU